AUGUACAAUGAAAUACUGGUAGAUGACGCUGAGGAGCAGGGCAAAGUCAUACAUGCCAUAGAAGAUAUGGCUAUUGACAGUGAUGGUGUUCUGUUGGACAAUAUGCUACCAGAUAUGUCCAGAGAUGAAUUCAAGUGCAAGCAAACAUCCUCUCAUGCAUCUCCACCAAAGAAGGACAGUGGUCAUGGACCAUCUAAGCAUCUGAAGGAAGUCAUUGCAGUACAAUUGAUCUCUACUCCUCCUGUCAUAACAUUGACCGUGUUAGGCCCAUCAACCGUCGUAGUCCCACCAACUGUCUUAGUGCCAGCGACACAGGAUCCUAAGGGUGCAAAUGGUGAAAUUGAGAACAAUGGUAACUUGAAUAUAUAUGAUGAUGAUGAUGAUGAUGAUGAUGAUGAUGAUGAUGAUGAUGAUGAUGAUGAUGAUGAUGAUGAUGAUGAUGAUGAUGAUGAUGAUGAUGAUGAUGAUGAUGAUGAUGAUGAUGAUGAUGAUGAUGAUGAUGAUGAUGAUGAUGAUGAUGAUGAUGAUGAUGAUGAUGAUGAUGAUGAUGAUGAUGAUGAUGAUGAUGAUGCUGUGAGAGAUCUCAUCAAAGAUGAAGAAUUGUUCCCCUCUCCUCCUCCUGAUCCCCCAUCCAUGGCCAAAUCAGGUGCUGCUAUUGAAUUGUCGUCAAUCACUGCAGAUGCUGAUCACCGGCUUGUCACACCUUCUGGUUAA